AUGAUACAACCAGAGGAGGCAGCGGCGCGGAGGCCGUCGACUCCAGAUGAACUUGUGAAGAUGGGUACUAUCAGCAAGGAGAUGGAUGGAGCUGCCAACUACCUUGCUCAAACCGCAAGCUAUCCACCCAUGACACCAGAAGUUGAGAAGAAGCUGCUGCGCAAGAUUGACUGGAUUUUGGUUCCUAUGCUACUGUUGACGGCCACCCUGGGUGCAGUUGAUAAGGUCGCUCUCAGUACAGCUGCAAUCUACGGAUUGAAAGAAGAUCUUCACCUAGUUGGUCAAGACUAUUCCUGGGCUGGAUCUAUCUUAUCUAUUGGAUCCAUCGUCGGCAUGUGGCCCUCUUCCUUUUUGGUGCAGCGACUACCCUCGGCUAAAUAUCUCUCCUCGUGCUCUCUCGGUUGGUCGUGCAUGGCGCUUCUGAUCCCUGCAUGCAAGAAUUGGAGCGGGUUGAUGGCCAUACGGUUCUUCAUGGGUUGCCUAGAAGCUAUCAUCGUCCCGUCAAUCAGCUUAAUUGUUGCGGGCUUUUACAAGAAAUCAGAGCAGCCCCCACGGAAUGCGAUCGUGUUUGCUGCUUUCAGUUCUGUGAUAAACGGUUUCCUGUCUUGGCUGGUAGGACAUGUUCCCGACUCUGCACCUCUGGCCAUCUGGCAGUAUCUAUACCUGAUCGUUGGAUCCAUAUCCGCAUUGUGGUCUAUCAUUGCAAUUAUCUUCCUGCCGGACUCCCCAAUGAAUGCUUUUUUCCUGACAGACCAGGAGAAGUAUUAUACCGUUCAACGUCUCGCUGAAAACCGGACUGGAAUCAUCAACAAGGAAUGGAAAUGGAACCAGGCCCUCGAAGCAGGCAUAGAUCCCAAGACUUGGAUUCUCUUUUUCUUUAACAUUGCCAUAAACAUUCCAAACGGAGGUCUCACCACGUUCAGCGGUAUUAUCAUCGACAAUCUGGGAUUUUCUGCAGUCAACACCUCCCUCCUCAACAUGCCUACUGGAAUCAUGUCGACUCUAGCUGCGUUCGGCUUCUCUUGGCUGGCCGCACGCUGGACGGGUCGUCGAUGCCUUGUCACCAUGAUCGCAUGCUGUUUGCCCAUCAUUGGCUCGGCAUUGGUGUAUUCCCUUCCUCGAACCAACAUCGGCGGCCAGAUGGUCGGAAUCUAUCUAUUGUACACAUACUUUGGCCCCUAUGUCGUGGCUAAUAAUACAGGUAUUUCGAUGGCGCAAGCCAAUACUGCAGGACACACAAAAAAGACGGUACAAUAUUCAAUUUUGUAUAUUGGAUAUGCCGUAGGAAACCUUAUCGGCCCUCAGACCUUCCGUGCUAACCAGGCGCCUGCCUAUACGGGCGGUUUCAUUGCGAUGUUGGCCUGUUACUGUAUCUGCGUUGUAUUGAUGGCAGUGUAUUGGAUUCUGGUUGUGAAACUCAACGAUCGACUUCUUGGCCAUGUUCGCUGUACCGAAGAGCUGCCGAUAUGUCGCCGAUGUGAACGACUGGGUCUGCACUGCGAACGUGGAUUACAGCUCUUAUUUCAGGAAGAUGCGGUUCAGCGAGGAAUUAGUUUUGGUCGGAAAGGUGCGUUUAGCUUGUUUCGAGGCGCUAGCGGCACCCGGUCGAAACAACCGGACAGUGCUAAAGAUCGUACGGUACUCAAGUACAACGACGUGUUCUAUGGCGUUCCCUUGAACGCGUACACGGGACGGUGGAUAUUUCUCAACUCCACCAGCAGCGACUUUAUGGAUAGCGGUAGCGAUAGUGAUGAGAUGGACACAGAUGGCAUAGAACCAGACCUGUUAUCUGUGUUUGUACAGUUUCCAGAUACUAUACCACUGGAUAAAGGCCUGGGCCAUCCACUCGCUACAUACUCGCAUCUCGAGAGCUAUCUCAUCGACUACUUCAUACACGGUAUUGGGCCAAAUUGCUCGCUCAGCCCGAUCGAGAAUCCCUAUAUCACACUUAUCACACCUCUGGCACUCUCUCAUAAGACCCUCCGCGAUGCUCUGAUAUCGGCGGCGGGAAACCAGCUUCGCCUGCUUGGGGACACUCGCUUCUCAAAAGAAGCGCUGAUCUACAAAGAAAGAGCGUUAAAGGGGCUGCAGCAGGAAAUCGAGCUGGGAUGUAUAAGUGAUGGUGCGAUAGCCACAGUUCUGAUGUUAUGCUUUCACGAUAUUUCCGACGAAUGCGCCCCAUCAUGGGUAACGCAUCUCCAGGGAGGCCUUGAUCUCCUUUAUCGGUUUCCUUGUACACCCACCGCGAACUACUCAUUGCGUCGAUUUUUUAACAUGUAUUUCGUCGCUCAUGCGAUUAUGAGUCGUACAGCAACGCCACAAGUCUGUCACGCAAAUGGUAUGUUUAGUUGGGCGGAUAACGACAACCUUGACGAGAUUGACACGAUUAUGGGCUGUUCACGGCGACUAAUGCUAUUAAUCAAUGAGAUAUCUGAACUGCCUGUUGACACCUGCACGGUAAGACAUCUGCAAGCAGCUCGUAUCGCCACUGCCCUGACCAAUAUCCAGCAGUUCCUCCCACAACACUCCAGCGAUCGGAAUGAUCUCGCUCGAAUAGCCGAGGCCAAGCGGUUAGCCGCUAUAAUCUACCUCUUCAACCGAAUAGAUGGCACUGCGUAUUACACAGACGUCGUGAACGAAACGAAAGCAGACAAGAACACGUUUAUAAACGCCUUGAUAAAUGUCAUGAUCCACCUCCCCGACAUGGCAACGCUUCUAUGGCCAUUAUACAUCCUGGGACACGCUUCGCUGGAAGAUGAAGACCAUCGACGUUUCGUCCUGGAUCGACUAGAGCGGAUGCAACGCACUCGGAAUCUGGGCAGUGUCCGACGGGCUAGAAUGGCUGUCAAGUAUGCUUUCAGGGUUGUGGAUGUGCGUUCAACUGCGAUGAUGAGGGCUAGCAAGUUCGGAUACAUCAGUUUAGCUUGA